AUGUCUGCGUAUGAGAAUGUUCUCUCUGGGAAGCUGAAGCUGAAAGGAAAGGCCCUAGAUGUCAAGGCUGGUGGACUGAAAAAGAAAAAGAAAAUAAGAAAGAACUACGAUCAAAUUUCUCAAGUCAGUGAACAUGCGCUUCGGCAGCUAGGUGGAAAUACAGGGACGUCCAUGGGUCUGGACAAGGAUGAUAUAAGUGACACCAACAAAUCCGUGGGUGAAGGGAAUGCUGCUGCUGCUUACUAUGAGCAUCUGACCCCAGCAGAGAGACGGUAUAUGGAACAGAAGGAGAGAAUUGAUGUUCAUAGGCUGGCCAGGAUAGCGAACAAAUCGCAUCGUGACCAUAUUCAGGAUUUCAACCAAUAUCUCGCUAACAUGAGUGAGCAUUACAACAUUCCUAAAGUUGAUCCCGGCUAAUUCCCCUGCAGCAUUACCAGUCCCGAAGGACAGACAGAAAAUUCACUUCACUUAGCAAUUGACAUCUUUAAGCUGUGUUAAAAAAUCCAUUGCUUGUCUCAAAAUCAAUUUACUUUCUUGUGUUAGGUUGGCUUAUUGGUCUAUCCAAAGAUGAUGAUGCCUUGGUUUUACCCAACUCUACUUUGAUGAUUCUUAUCUGGAUGUUAUUGACUUAUCAGUUCUGAUAGUUCCUCUGAUUAAAGAACAAAAGGAAACCAAUUUC